AUGGCAUCCCAACGUCUUUCCGCCGUCCUCUCCCACCUACCUUCUGCCUCCAGCGCGGUAGACAACAUCGCGAAGCAAAGUCCCGACGAUGUAGUGAUCACCCUCGCGAUCAGGACGCCCAUGUGCAAGGCCAAGAAGGGUGGCUUCAAGGACACGACGCUAGACGGCCUGAUAUUCAAGAUUCUCGAGCAAGUACGACUCAGGAGCAACGUCGACCCGCGUCUUGUGGACGAUGUCUGCCUUGGGAAUGUCCGCGACGGCAAAGCUGCGUACUAUGUCCGGGCAGCGUCGCUUGCGGCAGGCUUCCCCAACACAUCCGCCGCGUCGAGCGUGGCGCGCUUUUGCUCCUCGGGUCUGACGGCGACGCAAUUCAUCGCAAACGAAAUCAUAACCGGUACCAUUGAAAUCGGCGUCGUGGUCGGCGCCGAGACCCUGAGCGAAGGGAACGAGCGCCUGAGCCGGCCGUUCGUGGACGAGAUCAUGAAUGGCAGCGAUGACGCAAAGGACUGCAUGUUGCCGAUGGGUGCAACCUCCGAAAAUGUGGCCAGGGAAUUCAAUGUCACUCGGCAGCGGCAGGAUGAGUACGCCGUUGAGUCGUACCGGCGAGCCGAGCUCGCGCAGAAGAGCGGCUGGUUCGACGACGAGAUUGUCCCGAUUACCGUCAAGAAGGACGGCAAGGACAUCACGGUUUCUCGCGACGAAAUCCGAUGGGGCACCACGUACGACGGCAUAAAGAACCUUCGCCCUGCCUUUCCGGAGUAUGGGGACACCACGCAUGCCGGCAAUGCUAGUCAAGUUACCGAUGGAGCCGGUGCUUUGCUUCUGAUGAAGCGGUCAAAGGCCUUGGAGCUGAACCAGCCCAUCCUUGCCAAGUACGUUGGCACAGCCCUCGCCGGCCUGCCCCCACGCAUCAUGGGCAUCGGCCCCGUCUUCGCCAUCCCCAAAUUGCUUGCCCGGUACAAUCUGUCGCUUGACAAGGAUAUCGACGUGGUGGAGAUCAACGAAGCCUUCGCCUCCAUGGCGGUCUACUGUCGAGACUAUCUCAACCUCGACUGGACGAAAAUGAACCCUAGAGGGGGCGCUAUUGCACUUGGCCACCCCUUCGGAUGCACAGGAGUUCGGCAGAUAGUGACGGGUCUCAGUGAAUGCAGGAGGAGAAAACGAAAGGUUUUGCUCACGAGUAUGUGCCUGGGAACCGGAAUGGGCAUGGCGGGCUUGUUUGUGAACGAACAGCUUUAGACCUUGGUCCAUGGGAUGCAGAUUCAGAG